AGUGCUUCAAUUUCUAUUAGUACUUAGAGGAGGCGCAAUUGGGAGGGGUACAAGUUGCAGCCAGUUUUCGUUGAGCUUUGGUGUCGCACUUGAGCCUGAGGUGUUGGAACAACUGACAACAUGGACAUCUUUCUCUCGUACAUCCUGCUUAGCUCGUUUUUGCUUCGGUUUGUCAAGACGGUGGACGCUUUGGCGCUUCUGAUUGGCGAGUGCUGAUGUCUUCACUGCUCUUUGUAGUACAAGGGGUAUCUUUCCUGCAAGGAUUUUGAAGCGAGCCGUUGCUCCAUGGGGCACACUUAAGAGGGGGAAGUUCUGAAAAUCAUGGCGUCACCUGGUUAUGGCAUCCCCAACUAUGGUACAGUCAGCGAUGCCGAUGUCAACCAGCUGCUGGAGCAGUUUGAGGAUGAGAACAUGCUGAGUCUUUACUUGGGGAGCCACCGCGCUGGCGAAGGCCAAUCGGGCGCCUUCGCUGAUGUUGGCGAGCUCACGCCUUCCUACCUGCAAGACGAGGAUGGGGGACUGGAUAACGACUUGGCUGCAAGGCUGGCUGCUCUCAAAGCUCCUCGAAACGGCAACUCCCAAGGUGACGGAAAAAAUAGCGCUGCAAACGCAGGCCGCCCUCCUACCACAACGUCUAAUAAGGAGGAGGUCAGGAAGAACAGUCCUCCAGAGGGGAAGCUGUCUCCGGAGUUGUCCAGACCAGGUGCAGGUGGAGAGUUUGGGUCAAAGUCUGGGCCCAAAGAUGGAGUGAGAAAUGAUGGUCAGACGGGCCUCCCUGUGGUGCAAGCUGCGGAUAAGCAUGUGGAGCCCGAUCCAGAUGAUGUAACAAGCCUAGGGAACGACCUGGCAAGCAGGCUUCGAAAGCUGAAGGGGGGGGCAAACCAGAGGGGAUUGCCGGACGUCGAUGUCUCCAAGGGCAACGCUGCGGAGGCUGAGAGGUAUGCCUCAUUGAAGAAGCGAACAACCAACGGAACGGCAACCGACGUGGCUGCGGCCAAUGAGGAGUGCAGCGAGAAGCAAGCGGCCCAACAAGUUGCUGGACCUUCUGGGGCGCCAUUCAUCGAUCUUUCACGAGGGGGGGCGAAGAAGCAAGCGGUGGAGGUCGCAGGCCGAGGGAAGGUGAGGGAGUCAUGGAGCAACCCCUUGGCAGGCCUGUUUGGAAGGCAAAGUUCUUCUGCGAAGUCUGGCAGGGCGCCAGCCCCGCCGGCAGGACCAACAGAUGGGCCUCGUGAUCUGGACAACACGGAACGGCGAGCUCGUGAAGUGUUGGCUGGAUUCUCAAACGGUGGUGAGGGCGCUAACCGGAGUAGCAGGAAAAAUGGACGGCCAGGAUCGGCAUCGUCAUCGAUAGACCCCAGUUCCGCUCUGUUUCGAGAUUUGCAGUCCGUGCGAGUUCCCCAGGCUGAGGGGGCGUAUGACCAGGUAAUCAAAGAGGAGCAGAAAGAGCUGUCGGAAGUGGAGGCGUUGCUAGCUGCUAUGCGCGACGACGUCCGUAUCAGGAGGGAAAGACAGGUACCGGGGCUGGAAGUGGCUGCGGGUGAGCACUCGCACCGGGAGGAAGAGGACGGUUCCUUGGAUUCGGACUCGGAGCUUUCUGAGGAGCAUAAGAAAGAUGAUAAGAAAGUCGAAGAGAUUGCCGCUUGGGCUGUUGAUGCGGCUAGCCUCGAGGUGAUGGCGCUCUUGGGUCCCGGCAUGUCCUUGUCCACGAGCUCGUGGGGCAUCGUCAUAAGUUCGAAUACCGGUUUGAAAAUGGACUUCUGCCCGGUACAGGAGAGCGGGAAAACGGGCCGAAAAAAGGACUUUUGCCGGGCGCAGGAGAGCAGGCAGACGGGUCAGUAA